AUGGCCUUGACAAGAAGUGAACUCCGUGUUCUAGCCAUACUUGGCUUGGUAAUUUUAAUUUUAUGGUCGUUCUUCGGCUUAUUUUGGAGCCUUCUUCUCGUUUUUUCGUUUCUGAUCUACGCAUAUAACUUCGGAAGGCAUGGAAAUGGGAAAAUUCGGCGAGUUUACCCAGAGGUUGACAGCGAACCAGAUCUAGAUUUGACGUUUCAAGAGAAAUCUAGGGAUGAUUUUCCGGUGCUUCAAGACUUGGAGUUCACUGGUUUACCCACAGACAGAUAUUCGCUGCGAUCACCCACACCUUUGAUGUCUGUCACCAAAAGGCUUAGUUUCAACAUGAGGUGAGAUUUUUUUGUUGUAUCUGUUAGUAGCGAAAGGUCUUAAUCGAACCUUUUAAAUUCGCCAUUCGACAAAGUAAACCAUGCUCUUAUUAAGAAAAAAGCUUGAUAGUAAAAUGAAAAAAAGGAAAUCUAGAGUUUGCAGCUGAGACCUCCCUGGCUUUUUCACGCUAUAUUUUUUUGUAUAUAAGAAAAUUCGUAUGUUAGAGAAGAAAGUACAAAUAUAUACUUGCGCAAUAUUCAGCCUUUUUGUCAUCGGGUACAUAUCUUUGUUUUCCCUUUUGUGGUCAGUAACAACCUCUAUCGCUGAAUGCACUUUCCUUUUUCUUUUCACUUUUUAAAAGCCCGCUUUUUGAACGAAAAAUAGCUGCUUGCAAAUAUUGGUCUGUCAUGCAUCAAUCACUUAAAGCUUCAACAUCAAUCCCCUGACAUUGGCCCAAAAUUGUGUACCCUACCCAAGUGCCAGAUUUGAUAGUCAAUGUUUUUGUAAUUCUUUUGGUGCAUGAAGCAAAAUAUUUAUUAGUCAUAUCAAACUGAUUUAUACUUUUAGUUCCACAACACCUUUUCACACAAGAAAAGCCUGGAACAGCAGAGAUAUGAAUGGAACUCUGUAUUCAGGGCGAGGAAGUGCCCUUGGAUAUCACCGUAAGCAGCACAAUUUUAGUCUCUUGAAUCCUGCACUGCAGAGGCCAUCCACUGUUAAAAUAGCUUCACCAGAUGUCACAGUUAACAGGACAUUCACAUUGUAAGUGAUCAGUUUUCCUUAUCAGGUGGUUCUAUGCACAGGUCAAGUGUUGGAAGUAAUUUCAGUGCAAUAAUUUUGCUGCUACUUAGAUUCAUAUGAAGGGUCCUUAACACAGGUCCUGGAAAACCUGGAAAGUCCCGAAAUUUUAUUUUGAUAUUUUCCAGGACUGGAAAGUCCUGGAAAAACACUCUACAGGUCCUGAAUAUCUGCUUGACUCAAGCAAUAAAGUUUUCAGAAUUAGCAAUAUAAUAAAUGCAUGUAGACUGUAAAGAGAAUUGAUUGUGAAAUCUUGGGAAUGAAAGGUUUGAAGGUGAAACUCGGAUUCCUGGAAAAAUCAGUCAAAGUCCUGGAAAAGUCUUGGAAAUGUUCUGGAAAAGUUCAGGAAAUUUGUUUCUGUAAAAGCAUACAAACCCUGUGAUAGUCAUUUCAUUCUGUUGAGUCUGUGAUAAGCUCUGGCCAAAUGAUCUGCCUAACUCAAUUAACUGCCAUCUGGUUUGCUUAUGUUGUGGAGCACUGGAUUGUAUAUGGGAAGUUAAGUGUUCAAGCCCCAGACCGGACAACAAUCAUGGUCUUAAAAGGACUGAGGAUAUUAUACUCCCUUACUGGCUUCUAUUGACAACCCUGUAAUUACUAACUGGUAUCAGGCAAAAGGUGAGGUCUGUACUUGAGGCUAAUGGCCCAUCCAGCUGGAGCUUGUCCUUGGUUUCCAAGUAACAUGAAGUGAAGUAUUACUACUCCUUCCUGGAUGGGAUGGGCUCUAUUCCAUUGCAAGGUUACCCCCCAGCAUUUUACUGGUACCUAUUUUUAGUCCUGGGGGGAGAGAGACACACAGUGUGAGUGAUAAAUAUCUUACACAACACAUUGACCCAGCCAGGUCUCGAAUCUGGACCACUUGACAUAGAAUUUAGUGCGCUGAACAAUAGACCACUACUUCUCAUACAAUUACUAACUGUAUACUUAACUUAAGUAUGAAUUUCAAUUGAUGGUUUGAAAUAGGAAUAAUGAGGGCAGAUUGUUUCAUUGUACGGCUUGGAGUCUAUGUAAAUGUUUUCCAAAGUAUGUUAGUUGAUGUUUACUGUAGAUCCAACAGUCCCUUAAAGAGAGCAGGAGUUGAUGAGAACCCAUGUAGCAGAGUCACUGUCCUCUCUGCUCUCAAAGAAAGCAGGAAAAGAAGUUUUGCUGUUUUUGAUGAAGGGGAGGAAGAAGUGUCACGACCAUCUAAAAGGUGUGUGGUAAACUGUACAAUGUAUACAACAUUCACCUGUUACAACCAAACAUCAGUAGGCAUAUUCUCCAUACUGUUCUCUAUACAUUUCCUAAGGUGCUGACCAGGAGAAUUUGUGUAACAAUCAAAAGCUUCUUUAGUUGGUGAUCAUUUGUUGUAUUUUCAUGACCUUAAUGUUUGAUUGAAGGGUGAUUUUGAAAGGAGAAACUAGAUGCUAGUCACCUGUAAGGGUCUAAGGGUUUAUAAACUACAUUUCUUUGAAAAGGGGUAAGUUUCUAAAGAAACUGUGAUGCUGUUUUGGUGAGGGUUAAGGUAACAUUAUUUUGUUUCAUAAACUGUAUUUGUAAUGUAAAUUGGCUGGAGUUUCUUAAACUGACAUUCCAAGCGGUAGCACCGUGUGAGAGCAAAUAGAGAAAUUUUAGGUUUUGUGUGGUUUAUAUACAGAAAGACAGAGCCUUUCCCCUUAUCUAGGCAGUUCAGAAGGGGCACAACUCAACAAAAAAAAUUUCAGCACUCUUCAUCCCUCCAGCUAGACCAAAUGCUUUUCAUUUAGCCAAUUUAUUCACGUUUUUUUUUUUCACAUUUCCAUCUUCCCACCAACAGCUUAUCUCAAUCUUUCUGUAUGUAUACCGCAUGCGAAAAAAGAUGUCUCUAUUUUCUUUGACGAGGGCUAAUGCAAGAAAUGCCCGCUUUAGAAAUUUACUCUGGUGACCGAUUAACAUUAUGAAGCCAGUUGAUUUUUUUUAGCUAUGAUUUUUUGACAACUCUAAACUGACACCCCUCCCCCCACUAGACCCAGCAAGUUAUAAAUUUGAACAUAUCUUUUUAUUUUCAGGAGAGAUACCAAGCCAGCAGAAUCUUACCCAUUUAGCAGUCCUCUUCUCAAAGGCCGCAAACGAGUAGCAAUCCCAGAAAGAACUGAAAAAGCAGCUGAUGGAGGCUCUAAGAAGAAAAGCAGAGUUGUAGAUGAUAGUGCAAGUGAUUCUUCUGACAAUGUGCAGCAUGAUAGUUAUGUGGAAGCUGUUACACAGAAGAGGAAAAUUAUGGAAACUGAAAAAGAACCACCAGUUGUAAGUGAAACAGUUGUGCUAUAUCAAAGAUCAGUCGUCCCUGAUUUUUGUUGCUCCAGUUACUGUUAUUUCAUCAGUUAAGAGAGAUGUUCGGAAGCCAUACUCCGAUUUAUGAGUUCUGUAUUUAAAAGGUGUCUUUUAGGUAAUUUGUGUUGUGUUCUUGGGAAACAAGACACAUUUCUUUCCUGUUGCCUUUUUUUGCCAAAAAGUAUAAAUGGGUAACAGUGGAUUGUUGGGGAUUCUUGUAGUGGAUCCCCAACCAGGAAGGGUACAGCUGGAGCAUGGUAUUCCCUAAUUGCUUUACAUGCAUGUCAACUGCUGCCUUGCGCAAAGUGAAGGUGGAUUCAAGGGCUACCAUUGUGUCCAGCCAGUACCUCAGACAGAGGUGUGCCCCUUUGGCUGGUAAAAUGUAAGUCCAUGGCAGGUAACAUCAUUUCAUUUUUCUUUUGAAUAAAUCGUAUGAAAAUCCAGCAAGCACUGGCAAUGUAUAUGUAUGUAAGACCAAGGCUACAUGUCAAAUUACCCUCUUGGUGAAAUCAAGCAUACAUGUAGAGGAGUGUAGUUUGUCUUAAAUUUUGUAGUCUGUAAUUUUCUUUAAGCCCAUUCUUAACUUUUUACCGAUCAAUCUUAGAGUGAAGACAUAACAGAAAGUGCAGAAAAUUCAGGAGAAGACGAAGUUGACUCCUCUAAAGAGAGAAGUAAGAUUUUGGAUAAUGGUUACAAGUCCAUGGAGACUGAACACAGUGAGACACUAAAUGAAUCUGCCUCACGAAAAAGAAAAGAAGCAACCGCAGAAAGAGAUGUAACAAAAACUAAUGUAAGUGGAAAUCAUAUCCAUAAAGUACACGGUAGCUUCUGAGUAGGCUUUCAAUAGCGCUGCAAUAUGAGUGGCCGUUUGUUUUGAGCCCGCGAGCGAUUUGAGCGCGGGAAAGGUCCGCGAGGGGUCUGGGACGAUAAUUAUCAGUGCCAGACCCCUUGUAGACCUCCCACCGGCUCGCCUUGCGUAAGGCCUCAAAGUUUCACACGGGCGAUAAAACGCUCGUGCUGCAGGGCUUAAAAUGGCAGCCAACUCGUUGGCUAGCCAUGUGGUAAAUAUGCACUUUUUCCUUCAUUUAUCAGUGCGUUUCCUUGCGUUGCCCUUGCUGUUUUAUUUAAUAAAUGUGAUUAUAAUUUUGCUCCAUAAAGGAUGACAAAAAUGAGAGUAAGUCAAGGAAGACUAAGGAGUCAGAACCACUGACAGAUAAAGAAGAAGUUAAACGGUUGGUAGACGCCUUAACUGUUUGUAUCACUAAUAUAAAAUAAUAAACAUUAAUUUUUUAACUCCAUUGUUAAAAUGGCCUCAUAUGGCCACGUUAUCGCAGGUUACAUGUCUUUGCAAACAGAAUUUUUAUGCUGCAUUUUUUUUCGGGGGGUGGGGGGCGGAGGCUUACCAACUGGCGCUCAUUUCUACUGUUAAUCUCUCUUGUAGAGGAAAGACUGAGUACGUGAAUGAAGAUGUCAGCUCGGUACUUAAACCUCCGGCAACAAAUGUACAGAAACGAUUUACAGUCCCAAGAUUUGCAUCCAAAGACGAUUCCAGAAGAAGGGCUGUACCAGUUUAUUGUGCUUCUAAUGAAGAAUCUGAGAUGGUGAGGUUUACUUUAAAGUCUUUUUAGGGGCAUUUUUUAACCGAAGUGCUUAGAUAAAUAUUAAAAGCGCUGUGGUUUUGUUCUGUUAAAUGCUUAGUGAUUAAAUUAAACAUAGUUUACCAACCAAACAAAACCAACGGGCUUUGGACUCGUUUAGACAACUUUUCCCGCAAUUGGCAUAAAAUGACCCGUGUACAAUGUAAAUCGUUCGAUUGGUUUACAAAUACUUGCGCCAUUUUCUCAAACAAUUGAGAUUGAAUUCAAGUAACACCGCUGCAAACCUCGCUAUAGUAACAGUUAUUUCCCGCCCUUAAGAACCAGUCGGUAUGCGGUUUGUAAUUGGGUUAAAAGUCAGAAAUAUUUGGCACUCUUUCUGCUCUGGCAAUCUGUAUCAGAAGUGAAGUCGUGAGGUCAGCACACGCGUUUUCCCGCGUUUGGUUUACUUUAACAGUUUUUUCGCGUAUUUUUAGCCACAAAGAAGAACUGUGUCGAGAAAAAUCAACCAGGAGCAGUUGAAGAUCGAUCGCAAGUUAGCCUGGGAGCGGGUGAAUGAGCUGCUGGGUGGCAGUGAUGAUGAUGAUGAUGAAAGUGAAGUGAAAGAUAAAGAGAAACCAGGUAAAAAGACUCUAACGAUGCAUUUUUUUUUUGUCUUGGCGAAUAAUCACAACUCUUGAAAACGCUCUAAUAAGCCCCAUCUAUUAAGCCCCUCCUUUUAAUAAGCUCCCCUCUACCUUUGAAACCCUUGGGCAUUGACAAGUCCCCCCCCUCCUCCGUGAGGGCUUCUCGCAGAGGUUACUGCAAAGCUGGAGACUGUUUCUUUAAAAGGGAUUAGAACGAGUAUGGAUGGAUACAAACGUCUCAGUGAAGUGUUUUCAAUAACCAGAUUUUCUUUUUAAAGAACAGCAUAACCUAGCUAUUCCCAUUUUAAAGCGAGACUGUUCAUGGAAACCAUGGUGUCUUCUCCACUUCCACCGUUAACGUACGAGUUAUUUUGCUUCUCACAAGUCACACACAUGACUCGCCCCUUUGUCACCAACACCCUGUGCGUGACGAGGUGUCGAUCGCUGGUUUUCCCUCGUUAAAUAACAAAUUUCUUCUCCACUCCUUACACGAGAAACUUAACGACCUCAACUCAAGAUAGUGCUCCUUCUUUUCUUUAAACGAAAAUUCCGCAAAAGUAAGUGGAAUAAAUGCCAUGAGUUAGGAUUCUCGUUUAUGUUCUUUUGUCAGAUACGACAACGGUUUCUUCAGCUGCGGCUACUUCGACCUCAGCUUCGUUAUUCAAGGUCCCUACUGCAGGUGUUGUGACAAGCAGGGGGACAAUAACUACCACUACUGCCCAGAGCCUUAUCGCCCCAACCCCUGGUUUGGGAGAUCCUCGAAGGACCACAAGUGAUCAGCAGGUCCCUACAUCAAGUGUUUCUAGUUCCAAUCCUGUAAUGCACGGUAGUGGCACUGCUACGCAAUCCCAAAGUUCUACUUUGCGUGCGUUACUAUCCCAACAGCGACCAGGAGUUGAUUUGUGUUCUAAACCGUCAGGUACACCCAGGCUGUCUACGGCAUUGACAGGUGAAGGAAUAAAAAUUCCUACUUCACAACAGGGAAAGGCUGCUCCCACAAGCUCAUCAAUUGCUCCUGUCCAGUCACAAGGAAACCCAGCGCAAAGUUCGACUGUUACAACAGGACCAGUUUCCUCAGGAUUCCAGCUUUCGUCAUUUUCCUCAUCUGGGGCGUCGCCCUUCGCUAAGCCGGCAACAACUAACCCACCAACUUUGAACACAAAUAUUACUUCUUCCCAAAAGAGCUGGGUUUAGUUUCUCCACAGUUUCUUCGUCGAGCGUAUCUGGGAUGCCGCCGUCCAACGCUUCAACCAAUGGGCAAGCAGGGUUCAAUUUUUCAGCUUCAAAUAGUACAAAGAUUGUCUUUGGUGAGAAGUCAACACAAAAUACUCAGGUUACGACCUCUGUGAAUUCUUCAAGUACUUUCUUUUUAGGGCAAAAUACUUCCCAAACUUCUGGGUCGUUGGCAAGUGGCAAUGUAGCUGCUUCAUUGCAAAGUCCGUUUGGAAAACGAACCGAAACUACGCAAAAUAGCUCUACUCUAACUGCGAUUCCAUCGACAAAUGUAUUUGGGCAGAGUGCCACGGCGCCUCAGAAUUCCCUUGCAUCAACAACUCAAAAAAAGGUACUUUUGGUGUAAGUAACAUGCAACCUGUAACAGGAAAACAAGGUCAAACUUCGUUUGGUUCUGCCUUCGGUGUGAAUGGCUUUGGGGCCAAGCCUUCACAAAACACUCCUCAAGCUUCAAGUUUCACACAAAGUCCGUUUACCCAGAACACAUUUGGCCAGAAUGCUUCCCAGGGUGCGUUUGGAGCGAAUCCUACCCAUGGUGCCUUUGGAGUGCAACAGCAAAACCAGCCAGCUUCUUCAAAUACGUUUCGAGCGCAAAACGCGAACAGUUCUCUAAACGCAAGUCAAAAGACUCCUCAAAGUGGUUUGGGUGCUCAGCAUUUGCAAAAUACUUUUGGUUCACAGCAGAAAACGACACAAAAUAUUUUCGGGAACCAGGCGAAUCAAAAUGUAUUUGGACCGAAUCCAAAUCAAAGUAGUGCCCAAAUUGCUUUUGGUACCCAAUCGACACAGUUUAACUUUGGAACUCAGCCAAACCAAAAAACUACCCAAGGUGCUUUUGGACAAGCUCCUAGCCAGAAAUCAUCUCCGUUCACUUUUGCUGCAAAUACGUCGCAAAACGCUUCCAACUCCCCUUUCAAUGGGUUUGGAAACAGUGCCGGUGCUCAGAACACCUUUGGAGCAGCGCCUUCCCAGAAUGCUGCGGCUUCUAGUGGAUUUAGUUUCAAUGCAAAUGCGACGGCAAAUAACCCAACACCCGGGGGUUUUAAUUUCAGUGGCGCUGCGAACAAAACAGGAGGAUUUCAAUUUGGUAAGAUCUGGGAAUAGUGAAAAAUUUAAUCAAUGCUAAUAUGUGAACAAAUGCGUUGCUACCCCUCCCCUAACCCAAAAUAAUCAGCUGAUAACAAGUUAGGGUUAUUGUUGUGUUAGGGGAGGGGCAGGUGCGCAGUUUCUCAUUCAGAGAAUGAUUGUGCUUUUGUUAGUUCGUUUCCUCUAUUCCUUAUUUUCUUUUUUUUAAGCGAAACUCUGUCAAAAGUUUCAUGGUUUUAAAGACGUUUUAAAGACGUUUUAAAGACGUUUCCUUUCAUUGUCUGGUCACCAUGCCAGGCUUGUCAUCUGCUCUUAGACCUUCUCUUCGUCUUCUGAAUUUCGAUAACUUCGAAUGCAAUUUUACUUACCCUGUUUCACUGAAUUUUCAUUGCCUUUUUUUUUCCAGGCUCUUCAGCGGGUAACAGUAGCUUCGGGCAGUUUGGCCAAGCAACAGCUCCACCUGCGGGUAAGUAUAUCAGGACUUCCGGGGUUCCCACCCUUUGAUUUUUCACAGCCGGCAGAGCCCCAGAUGAAGCUACGGGGGUUUGGGGAAAAGUACCUUACCCCCCUCCCCCUCACCCUCCCCACUUCAGUUCAUGCCAGUAAUUUUCUCCCCCUUGAUUGCAUGGAGAAAGGAGUUUUAUAUUAAGUAGUAGAAAGUCGCAUUGUAAUUUUAACCUCUAAUUUUCUGAGCUCCAUUAAAAUUCGCAGUCGUGUAGAAAUCUAGUGUAAUUUUUUCACCAUCCUUUUUUCUUCAUAGCUGUGCCCGCGACACCUGCGCCCAGUGGGGGUUUCAACUUCGCCCCAGGUGGUGCGUCGGGAAGUCGUUUUGCCGCACCCACACCCGCACUAGCAUUUGGGGCGCCAAGCACUCCGCAAGGGGCAGGCAGCAACCUGACGGCAAGAUCAAGGGCUCGCACAGCGGCCCGGAGAAGGGGGAAGAAAUAACCGCUUGCGGAAAAUUGAAAAAUUGGCG